AUGGAUGAACGCUUUCAUGCAUAUACAUCGGGAAAAGGCGUAGUAGAUGAAUCUAUAAAUUCCGAAAGUAAGCGUAAGUCUAGUGGCCAGGGUCAGUCCAGCAAGAACCCAAAAGUGGACGAUGCACUGCAAUCAUGGCAACGUUCAUGUGAAGCACGUGAACGGUUUUACCUUCAAGCCGAGGCCAACGCUGGGGCAGCUGAUGCGUACUCUGUUGCAGCAUUUUGUGAGAAGCUUGGUCAUCCCACUAUUUGGUUUGAGGUUUCUGGAAAUGAAGAUGCUCGUAGAAUUAUGUCGUCGUCACGACCUAAUGAAAGGCAAUCGAACAAUAUGUACAACCCGUACAGUGACGAUGGCGAUGAUGUGAUGGACUUACACAUGGACUGUAUAGGGACCAUAGAUGGCACACAUGUUGUUGUUGUGGCACCAGAAGGUGACCAAAUGCCAUAUCGAGGUAGAAAAGUGCAUACAACUCAAAAUGUCAUGGCUGCAUGUUCAUUUGACAUGAAGUUUACGUUUGUAUACACUGGUUGGGAAGGUAGUGCACACGAUUCGCGAAUUUUCCUAAAAGCACUUACCACAAAUUCUGCUGACUUUUCACACCCACCACCUAACAAGCAUUAUCUCGUUGACGUCGGGUAUACACACAUGCCCGGGUACGUAGCCCCAUAUCGUGGCAAAAAAUACCAUUUGCAAGAGUUCAAUAGGCGGCGUCGCUACCAUGGUCCACAGGAGUUGUUCAACCAUAGACAUUCUUCUUUGAGGAAUGUUAUAGAAAGAACCUUUGGAGUGUUGAAGCAACGGUUUCCAUUAUUGAGACACAUGUCACGGUAUGAUAUGAUCCGGACGGUGCAAGAGCAGGAUGAAUUUUUCGAUGCAGAAGAAUCAAGUGACGAAAAUGAAGAUGACGUUGAAGACGAAGAUGAAGAUGAAGGUGAUGUUCUGUAUCCAUGUGUUGAAGUCUAUGUUGCUGUGUUGCUGGCAAAUUAG